UUCGGCGUCUUCGAUUGCUCAAUGAAGAAUUAUAUUCAGUGGUGAAUUGUGAUACGAAGACAAAGUGAAUUCUGAAUUACCAUAAACGUGCGUGCAAAGAUAACGCAGAGAAGAACCACAACGAGCCAGAAUCUGGUAUCAACUCUCAACGUCGAAACGCGUGAAAUGUGCGGCGUCCGUCGAGAUACCUGAGCGGCGUUACGGCUUCGCAACGAUGAUUUCAAGAUCUGGACUCGGGUUAGACUCAAAUCCUCUUGGCGACUUUUGAUAAUCAUCACAUGGAGAGUCCGGCACUCGACAUACGUGUAUUGUUAAACGCGUAUUAUAUUUAAUGAGGAGUAGCGCGCGAGGAGGGGACGACGCCGGCGUCUGGGGAGAAAGAGAUAAAAAGAAAAGGAAAGAACUGGCGUAUCGUGACCUCUCCGUAGACCGGUAUCGCCGUCGUGGUGGAACGACUGGUCGCUCCUGUGGUACACGCGGUUGUCACGCGGCCGGCGACUGACGAUAAAUCGCGCACUCAUACACCUACACUGUACGAAGAAUCGCCACCGCGGCUUCUGUCAGUCGCCGACGAUCGAUUCGCCAUCGCGUCCUCAAGGAGCACUCUGUCUCUCACACGUUUGUCUUGAGAUUCCUCAUCCAGCGUUGUUUCUUCACGGCACGUAGCACGAAAAUGAGCGAUAAGCCGGUUCCCGUUGGUUCCAAGCUCACCGAGUCUUCCGAGCCUGAAUCUUCCGAGAGACCGAAGAGCUCCGUAUGCAAAUCCAAAGAACAACCUACGAAGAUGAAGGAACAGAUCACGAGCGAGAAAACGGUGGAAAGAACAAAAGUGGCCACAGAGGCAGCGCGAGUGCGCGGAACGCAACAGACGGAAUCUCCGAGGGACAACAAAGAUUUUAAAUUGGAAACUUGCGGUGAAACUGUGAAGGUAUGCGAGACACAACAAACGAUAUCCGCGAAUGACAAGAAACAGAUCAAAAAGCCAGAAGGUCAAAAAUUAGAAGUCUCCGGUCAGGAUUUGAAGGUAGACGGAACGCAAAAGAUGGAAUUUCUGAAGGGUGCAAGACACGUAAAAGAUGUUAAAUCGAAUACUGCUAACGCUUCCAAAAAACCAUCUGUUGAGAAUAUGACAGUAGAUGAAGAUGAGACCACGCUGAAGAUAAUCCCUAUUUUUGAAAACACUUUGGUAUUCACUUGGAACGCGGCUGUACCUAGGAUCUGGCCGCCUCUAUCGAUGCCGAACUUGAACCAGCGACCCUUGGUCCUGGCAACGCAUUUGGUGCCCUCGUUACCAAUCGAGCUCUUCCAGAUACUCGCGGAGAUAUUCGAGAGCGUCACUAAGAAGCCGGUCGUACUGUUGAAUGAGUCUAGAACCGACCGACCAGUCGCCAAAGACAUUGUCGAUAUAGCUAUUUUACCAGCGGUCAAGGAAUGGGACGAAGGUGUCCUCUUACCCGCCAGCUUCGUCUUCGAGCAUUAUCAUAACAAGAACAAUUCGCCCUAUGUAUAUGCCGAAAUAAUCGCCGCGGCUGAUUGCGCUGCAUACAUCAAAGAUAUCAUGGAUCUGCGAGGCUACAGAUGCGCCGUUCCAGAUAGACGCAACCCACUCAGCGCUGCUGGACUGCUCUUCAAUCAUCUACAUACGAAAGGCGAAAGUCCGGCGUUUUUCGGCAGUAUACUCGAUGCUACUUCGCAGCUCGCUGUGCUGCAAAUGGUCGCUGGGAAACAGGCGGAAGUAGGAGUUCUGGAAAGUACAGUAGUCAGAUGUCAAGUGAGCUUUAUACCCAGCAUAACGUCACUUCAUACUCUUGGUAGUCUAGGACCCCUGCCGCCUUAUCGUAUCAUGAUCAACAGAAUGAUAGCGGACAGAUUCGUCGAACAACUCACAACUUAUCUGCUAAAUAUAAAUCAGCAGGAGAAAUGGAUGGAGAGACUGUUACCGUUCGGCAUCGUCGGUUUUGCCGAGAAUUCGGAAAACUACUAUGAUGUGGAUAACAAGAAAUCCGUAGUUACUAACGUGCCUUAUUAUUAAAAUUGUCAUUUUAUUUAUUUAUUCUUCGUCUUCCUCGGAAGUUUUGUAUGUAUACAUAUUUAUCUGCUUUUUUCUUCUAUUUUCCUCCAGUAAACAGCCUAUCAUUCUUAAUCUUAAUAAACAUUAUUCGUAAUUCG